CGUGGGGCGGGCGGCGGCGGCGCCGUUAAAGGCCGACAGCGGCGGCGCGGCGCGGGAAACGCGCAGCGGCUGUGUUCGGCGCCGGCGGGGUAGCGAGGCAGCGGCCGUUCCAGCCACUCUCCCACCCACCAUGUCGGGUACCCGGGCGUCCAACGACCGCAGCAGCCACUCCGGCGGCGGGCUCAAGCGGGCGCGCAGCGAGCCGGGCGGUAACAAAGUGACGGUGGUGCUGGGGGCGCAAUGGGGGGACGAAGGCAAGGGCAAGGUGGUCGAUCUGCUGGCCACUGAGUCGGAUAUUGUGUGCCGGUGCCAGGGUGGGAAUAAUGCAGGCCAUACUGUAGUUGUUGAUGGAAAAGAAUAUGAUUUUCACCUAUUUCCUAGUGGCAUCAUUAAUCCAAAGGCAAUUUCUUUUAUUGGUAAUGGAGUGGUUAUACAUUUACCAGGCCUGUUUGAAGAAGCUGAAAAGAAUGAGAAGAAAGGUUUGAAAGAUUGGGAGAAAAGACUGAUUAUAUCAGAUAGAGCACAUAUAGUGUUUGACUUUCACCAGGCUGUAGAUGGGCUCCAGGAAGUGCAACGUCAAGCACAAGAAGGAAAAAAUAUUGGCACAACAAAGAAGGGAAUUGGACCAACUUACUCUUCCAAAGCUGCACGCACAGGCCUUCGAAUUUGUGACCUCCUUUCUGACUUUGAUGAAUUUUCUUCAAGAUUUAAAAAUCUGGCACAACAAUACAAGUCAAUGUUUCCCACACUGGAAAUAGAUAUAGAAGGACAAUUGAAAAAGCUAAAGGGAUAUGCUGAAAAAAUAAGACCCAUGGUUCGAGAUGGCGUGUACUUUAUGUAUGAAGCUCUUCAUGGCUCCCCAAAGAAGAUUCUUGUUGAAGGAGCCAAUGCAGCAUUACUAGAUAUUGACUUUGGCACGUAUCCUUUCGUGACUUCAUCGAACUGCACUGUAGGUGGUGUAUGCACUGGACUUGGUGUUCCUCCCCAGCAUGUUGGUGAUGUUUACGGUGUGGUGAAGGCAUAUACUACUCGAGUGGGAAUUGGAGCAUUUCCCACUGAGCAGAUUAAUGAAAUUGGAGAUCUUUUACAGUCCCGUGGCCAUGAAUGGGGAGUAACUACAGGCAGAAAGAGACGCUGUGGCUGGUUAGAUCUUGUCAGUUUGAAAUAUGUUCAUAUGAUCAACGGAUUCACUGCUUUGGCGUUAACAAAACUGGAUAUUCUUGAUGUCCUUGAUGAAAUUAAGAUCGGUGUUGCUUACAAACUGGGAGGAAAAAGAAUUCCGUAUUUUCCAGCUAAUCAAGAGAUACUACAGAAGGUGGAAGUAGAAUAUGAAACAAUGCCUGGCUGGAAGACCGACACAACUGGUGCACGAAAAUGGGAGGACCUCCCACCCAAGGCCCAGAAUUACAUCCGCUGUGUGGAAAACCAUGUUGGAGUGCCAGUUAAAUGGGUCGGAGUUGGAAAAUCAAGAGAGUCAAUGAUCCAGCUAUUUUAAACAAACGAAGAACUUCCAUGAUGAGAAGAACAAUUUAGAGUUCAUCUGUUCCUUACUGCCUCCUCUUUAAAUGGAGAUGCUGUUUAAAACCAACAUAUUCUAGGAAUUAAAUAGAAACAAAACAUAUAUUCUGUAACGUUUUAUUUAUCUUUAAUUUCUCAGUAAAUUCAUCAAAAAAAUUGGAUCAUCAUCAAAAAAAAGGGAUAAAGUAUUCUUAACAAAAUAAGGAAAAAAUAUUUUUUAAAAAUUUGAGUCAUGUUACCGUUUGAAAGUAUUUUACAUCCAUAUAGAGUUAUUUCUUCUUGCUGAAACCAGUAUUAAGCCUUUUUCCAGUAGUUACUGGGUAAGUUUGGGAUUGUGAAGCUUGGAUUUGUUCUUCAACUUCAAAUGUUAAAAUGUCUGUGUAUCUGGGUUGGCAGUACUGAGUCAGAUACCAUGUACUUAAAUCAGUUGGAUUAUACAGAUUUUCAGUUCCUAAAAUACAGUAAAGUUUGGUAGAACUUUAUGGGUGUUCUAAUUUUUGACUGCACAAAGCAAAGCAGAGUUGUGUGUAAUCUUUAUAUCACGAUUUUUUAAUAGCCCUAAAGUGGAUGGAGUGCAGCUGAAGUAUUUUUAUCACAGAGCCUAUCCCCAUAUGUGAGAUAACAUCUAUAGAGGGGCCAAACUGGGGAAAGUUGACCUGUCUAAUAAUUCUUUCAAAUAUCCUAUGUACUGACAGACAAUCCCUGUGGACACUGUCAGAUGUGCAGUCUUUAUUUUGUGCAGUAGGGAAGGACUGAGUGAAGGUGGAAGGAAGAGUGUCCUCAGGGUACAAAACACAUGGGAGGGUGGAGCUGAGACAGCACACUAUGUUUGCUCAGCCAGCCUGAGGCUUUCCUUCCUGCAAAGUGCAGUGAUUGUAAUUUCCAAAGUUUUACUGUAGUUCUCUGUUGAGGAACUCAGGACUUGUGGCUCUGUAAGGCACACUUGUUUCCACAGCACCUAGGUUUCCAAGAAUAAAUCAAUGCAUGACUCAAUGAUGACUGCUGCAGUAUUUACACCCCUCACACAUUUUGACCUUCCUCAGCAAAAUGUAAUGCCUAUUUAUAGAAGGGGAUGACAUGUGGCAGCCAGGGCUGGGACACAUAGAAGCCAUGGAGAGGUCCCAGAAUCUUCACGAAUACGCUUGGAUUUCUUUGUGGAUCUUCUAAUUUAUAGUAGUCGUACAUCAAGAGCUCUCAAAAGAGGCCUACCUCUUGUAAAGGAAAAAGAAUACACUAGAAAUAGAGUUAUUCCCUAACUGCAGAAUUUUCACAGUAAAUGUUCCUUUCCUAUAUAUGUCUCAGAGAGCUAGAACAAUAUUUUUGUAUCAUUCCCAGAGGCUGUGGAAAUGGCAUCACAACCCCAGUUAUGCGAUUAUGUAGUAUGUGAAAAUACCCUUUUUCUGAGAUAAUAACUGCAGGGAUACAAAGUGAUGACAUUCUUUGCAUCCAACAUGGGGGAAAAAGAAAAACCUACCCGGAAUAUCUUCGUCACACUCAUCCCCUUUGUCUUUUCUCGCUCAAUAUUAAGUAACAGUUAAUGUUCAAACCCAUUUGUGCCAAGAAUAAUUACAAAAGUACCAGUACAAGCACACAGCAAGCACUAAAUUUAACUGUUUAGGGAUGUAUUGCUGCUUGUAAGGCAGAAUUCUUACACUUUCCAGCUGCAGAGCAGUCUCUUCAUACCCCAGUUCAGCACAGGCUGUGGCUUUAUGCCACAAGCAAAUAUCCUUUCUCUCUUAAAAAAAGAUACAAAAAGACCCCAGCCCAAAGCCGUGAAUCCUAAACUCAGCUAUAACUCCAUUGUUGUUGAUCUUUGACAAGUUGUUUAAUCUCUGUGCUACUGGUUUUUCAAUCUGUGAAAUGACAAUUAGGAAUACCUCCUCACCUCUUCUGUACUGUUUUUUGGAGGUCUGUGGGUCAAGCCCUGCAGUCCUUGGUCUGACAUCGAGGAAGCUGUCAGCUUCGAAUUUAUGGGCAUUCUAAUGAAAAAGCAAUGAGAUUUCUGACCUUCCUUAAUGUUUGCAAAGCACUUCUAAAAGGUGCCUGGUAAGUGCUAAUUACUACAAGCACUGUGAAAUGUGCCUCAUUUACAUGAGGUUAUUUAAGCAUAAAGAUGCUUGGAGGUACAGUAAUUAAGUUUUGUUUUCACAUGGCUUAACCUUGUGACGCUUGUUUACUGGAUGAUCUAGACUGUUCCUUUUCUUGGCCCCAUCUUCAUCUGUGCAUUUGUGCUAGGAGGUUGCCAUUAUAUUUAAGCUCUGGUUGAUUUAUAGGUGAAGUCCACAAUGACUAACAAGCCACUCGGAGUGCUGAGUAAGUGGAAUAAACAAACAGCUCUAAAUGAAGUAUUUGGCAUAUUGAAAAUAUUAGUUUUUAUAGCUUAAUUUUCACAGGAUUACUUGCUCUUUUUCACGUAUUUUUAUUUUCUAUUCAGUAAUUUUUCAAUUAACUCUCCAUUAGGUCCACAUUGCCUGUCUUUGCGUUCAAGGAUUCAUCAAAAAACCAGUAAUAUUGUCAGUGGGCAUGAUGUAAUAGGCAAUUAUCCUGUGACUUACUCUGUUAUCAUAAAAAUAAUACCAUGCAUUUCAUUUUAUUUCAUAGCAUAGAUUUUUUUAAUGAAAGCUCUACUCCUAUUGAAUUUCCUAUGUGUUGUCAUUGAGUUAAAUGUGGAUAAGUUGAGGCUUUUAUCAAAAACCUCCUUAAUCUACUGAGUAACACAAUGCUUAAUAUGAACAUUCUUAUGUAAAUUUGCUUUCAUUUUAGCCAUUUCCCAUGUGUAUUAUUUUGUAUCAUUUGGAAUUUCAGCUUAAUAACAAUCACUGUGAUAAAUUUGAUUUCUUCCUUCUCCCCAGCCAAAUGCAAUAAUAAUGACUAAAACUGGUUGAUGUGUCAUCCUGUUAGAUAUCAGGAUGGAAGAAUAAGGGUAAACUUGUACCAAAAUGGCAUAAUUUGUGGUAAAGAUUAUUGUUUUUUAAAAGUAGCAUUUACUGAUUCACUCAUGCACAUUAAUGUGUUUGUCAUAUUUUCUUAUGCUUACCCUUGCAAUAUGGCCUUCAUAGUAAAGUGUAUGCUUCCUAAUACAUGCAGUAUGGGAUUUUGAAGCUUUUGUAAUUUUUAAUUCGCUGUAUAUGGUCUUACGGUUCUGGCAUAAUGCACUUUAUAAAAGGAAAGAAAACUAAGCAUUUCCAUAGUAAUGUGCAAACUAUAAUUACACCUUAUGCAGAUUUUUUCAGAUGAAUUUUGGAACCACACCUGUUUAUUUUGUCCUGAAAGAGGUAUUAAACCCAAUUUAAAGUAA